AUGAGCCAAGAAUACUACAACGACAAGGGCAAGGCGCCCGCCAGCCGGGACUCGGACGAUGCCGACCUCGAUUCCGCAGGCCCAGCCGGAGGGCGGCCCAACUACAUGACGGUCGGCAACGGCACCACGUCCGAGCACGCCGCUCGUCUGCAGAGCAUGCUGGACAUUGAUUCGGGAUACGGUGGCAGCAUCAUGGGCGACGAGCCGGGCAUGUGGGACAUGCAGCCCCAUGGCCACCAGCGACAAUCCGGAGCUAUCCACCAGCUAUGGUACAAUUCCCAGAGAGCUACGCUGGGCCGGUCAAUCAACAAGGUGCUGGAUCUGCUGCAUGGUCUUCGCGAGAUGAAUGCCGUGUGGCCUGCGCACUACCCGUCGGUUCAGCGAGCCGAGAAGAUGGAGUCUGAUGUGCCUCGGCCCGGCAUCCUGCACUCGUCGACCAUGGAGGACAUUACGGCCAGGUCCAGCCAGGCACCGCCACCCAUGCUUAGGAGAGCCAUGACCAGUCUUGAGGAUGCAUCGGCCGAGUCCAGCCAGGCGGCCGAGACUCGUCCUGCAGCAGAGCCGCGGCUCGUUUCGCCACAGAUUGCACAAGAGUUUUCAGUGUUGAAAUUGGAUCUCAAACUUGGAGCUCUACACCAGGCCGAGCUGGUACACUCUCUGGAGAAGGGCUCCAUUGCGUCGCUCCUGGAUGGAAAAAUCAGCUCCAGCAUCAAGCAUCUCGUGAAUCUCCGCGAACGUAUCGAGGACAAGUCAAGCAAAGUACUCAUCACAGGUGAUUUAAACGCAGGCAAGUCGACGUUCUGCAAUGCCCUUUUGCGACGCAAAGUGUUGCCCGAGGACCAACAGCCUUGCACCGCUAUCUUUUGCGAGGUGCUGGACGCUCGAGAAAACGCAGGAAUCGAAGAGGUCCACGCAGUCCACAAGGAGAUGAUUUAUAACCGAAACGACGAGUCGACCUAUGAUGCAUACUCUCUUCAGGAACUGGAAAAUAUUGUGAUUGACAAUGAAAAAUACGUCCAGUGCAAGGUCUACGUCAAGGACGUUAGGACAAUUGAUGAAUCCCUACUCAACAACGGCGUCGUUGACAUUGCUCUCAUCGACGCUCCAGGUUUGAACUCUGACACGACCAAGACGACGGCCAUUUUUGCUCGGCAGGAGGAAAUUGACGUUGUUGUGUUUGUCGUCUCCGCAGCAAACCACUUUACGCAGUCUGCCAAGGAAUUCAUCUGGGCUGCCGCUGCGGAAAAGGCUUACAUUUUUAUUGUCGUGAAUGGCUACGACUUUAUUCGAGACAAGGAGCGAUGCCAGAAGAUGAUCCUUGAUCAAGUUGCAGGGCUGAGCCCACGUACACACAAGGAAGCUUCAGAGCUCGUCCACUUUGUCUCUAGCAAUGUCAUCCCAAUGGCGCCUUCACCCCCCGGCGGACCCAGCGGAGGCGGCAGUGGAAGCGGCAGCGGCGGUGGCGAUGAUCCCGGCGAUGACAAGGGCAAGGACUCGGACAAGGUUCGAGACUUUGAGAAGCUCGAACAGUCUCUUCGCAGGUUCGUUUUGGAAAAGCGAGCCAGAUCGAAGCUUGCUCCCGCAAGGACGUAUCUGCUCAACAUCCUCAACGAUGUUGGGACGUUGGCCACGGUCAACCACGAGGUGGCUCAGUCCGAGUUUGACCGAGUCACCCAAGAGCUCAAGGAGCUUGAGCCCCAGAUUCUGGCUAGCAAAAAGGCCCGAUCGGAGGUUGACGAACAGGUUGUCCACAACAUUGAGGAGACGUGCAAGGACAUUUACGAUCACACGCGAGGGCAUCUCAACGCCGCCAUCACAUACGCCGGAAGCACCAAAUACGAUAUCCCAUACCCUGGCCUCUUUGGUGCCUUUGGAUACGCCGACGACCUCAAGGACGCCAUUCUCUCCCACAUUGCCGAUGCCGUCAACGGUUGCGAGGACUACGCGCGAGCCCAGACAGUUAAGGGUGUCAACGCCAUCAAGCAGCUGGGCUUGCUCCACGUGGGCGACGAGUUCCAGAACCUUCACUUCCGGCCAGACGUCAUGUUCCGCCGGAAGAAGGAUGCCCUCGCGCGCCAGGUGGAUGUGCCCACCGAGUUUGCCGACUUUGUGGACUUUUCAACCUUGAUGCAUAGCCAGGAGAAGUUUGCCGGCACCGGUAUGGCCCUGACUAUUGCUGGCGCUGUUGUGCCUCGCAUGCUGGGAAUGAAUUCCUGGGUGGACCACGCCAUGAUGGCGACGCGCAUCAUUGGUAAUGAUAACCUUCGCAAGCUCAUCUUGCCUGGCAUUGUCGUUGCCGCCAUUGCCGCGUCGGCAUAUGUACUCCAACAGAUUCCCAACUCUCUCCCCCACCGGCUGGCCAGGAAGAUUGAGGCACAGCUCGCCGAGAUCGACUAUGUUCACACCAACGCCUCCCGAAUCUCGGGAUCUGUACGCACCGUCCUGCGCAUGCCCGCCGACAACCUGCGCGUCGGCCUCGACCACAGCGUCAAGGACCUCAACAAAAAGCGCGACGAGACGGUCAAGGUCAAGGGCGAGAGCGAGCGAGCCUCCAAGUUCUUCCGGAAGCUGGUUGGCGAAAGCCAGGUCCAGAAGAACAUGGUUGAGGGCGUGGACCUCGAUACGCCGCCGCAGAACUUGCACUAA